AUGUCGGGCAACUACGAUUCAUGGGAAGAUGCUGCGGAUGAGGAUCUCAGCCGGCAAGCGCAGAACAUGAACAUCAACGCCAAUGCCAACACUUUCCGGCCAGGCGCAUCCUCCUUCCAGCCUGGUGCCUCCGCUGGGCAGUUCGCCGCCUUCAACCAGAGUCCUGGCAGUUUUCAACCACGACAAGGUGCGCCGAUAAGUAUCGCUAAACGAGGUGGGAACGAUGGCGCCGCUCCUGCCGCCAACAACACACAGAGUACGCCUGCCUCUCAGCCUCCGAAGCCGGCUGCGGCUGCGGCUCCGAAGGCGAAGGUGCUCUCCAUAGGUGUACCAGCACCUCCCAAGACCGAGACCAAGAAGGCCGAUCCCAAACCCGAUACGAAGAAAGCAGAACCGAAAACAGAAGCCAAAAAGAUGGACACGGCGGAAGCCACACCUGCCGAGAAGGCAGCCAAAGUCGCAGCAACCAAAGCAGUCGCACCAAAAGCAUCUGGCCGAACCUCGCCAUCGCCAUCCUCGGGCAAGAAUUCGCCAACGCCAGGCGAAUCUACAAAGAAGGGUACAACAGCAGCAGAACUGCUCAAAGAGCAGGCGGCCGAGGUUGAUCAGUCUAUCUUGGAAGAAAUGUAUGGCAAGGAGCACGUGAAUAUCAUUUUUAUCGGCCACGUUGACGCAGGGAAAUCUACACUCGGCGGCCAAUUGCUCAUACAGACGGGCAUGGUCGAUGAAAGGACACUACAGAAGUACAAGAACGACGCCAAGGAUGCUGGAAAGGAGACUUGGUACAUCAGUUGGGUCAUGGAUCUGAACAAGGAAGAGCGUGCUAAGGGCAAGACUAUUGAGGUUGGCCGCGGCUUCUUUGAAUCAACCAAGCGACGCUAUACUAUCCUCGAUGCUCCCGGUCACAAGACGUACGUUCCAAACAUGCUGAGUGGUGCAUCACAAGCCGAUAUCGCCGUCCUGGUUAUCUCAGCUCGAAAAGGAGAAUUCGAAACAGGCUUCGAAAAGGGAGGACAGACCCAGGAGCACGCUAUGCUGAUCAAGACCACUGGUGCCAAGGAGCUCGUUGUGGCCGUCAAUAAGAUGGAUGAUCCUACAGUCGAGUGGGCACAAGAGCGGUACGACGAGAUCGUUGGCAAGUUGAAGCCAUGGCUGAAGAAGAAAUUCGCUUUGGAUGCCACGUUCAUUCCAUUAUCCGCGCAGACCGGUCUGGGCGUCAAGGAGCGCGUUCCUGCAUCAACAGCCAAGUGGGUCAAGAGUCCUUCACUACUCGAGCUACUAGACGGCAUGGACAAGCUCGAACGAAAUCUGAGUGCGCCUUUCAUGAUGCCUGUGGGAGCGAAAUAUCGCGACAUGGGUACCAUGAUGGAAGGCCGUGUCGAAACUGGCGUCAUCCAGAAAUCUGGCACAUACAUCAUGAUGCCAAACAGAGAAGAGGUUGCAAUUUCGGCGCUUUACGGCGAGACUGAAGAAGAAAUCCCAUACGCUGGUGCAGGUGAUCAGGUUCGUAUGCGAGUUCGAGGCAUCGAGGAAGAGGAUAUCUUGCCCGGCUUCGUGCUAUGCUCGCCAAAACGUCCAGUCAACUGCGUCAAAGAAUUUGAGGCUCAGAUCACUAUCGUGGAGCUAAAGUCCAUCCUGUCAGCUGGCUUCAAUUGUGUGCUCCACGUCCACGCUGCAACUGAAGAGGUCACCUUCGCAGCUCUUCUACACAAGCUGGAACCCAGGACCGGACGGAAGAGUAAGAAGCCACCACCAUUCGCAGCAAAGGGCCAGAACAUCAUUGCUCGGCUCCAGGUCACCAGUGGCAGCGGCAAAGUCUGCUGCGAGCUCUUCACCACGCAUCCUCAGCUCGGUCGUUUCACCCUGCGAGACCAAGGACAAACGAUUGCUGUUGGCAAAAUCACGAAGCUCAUUUUUGACGAGUAA